AUAGUUUCUUCGAAAGAAAACAACAACAGAAAAAAUAACAAUGAACUGGGUUGGUGGUAUUCGUAGUCGAAUUAAAAGCCAGCAAGAGAGGAAAAUACAAAAGGAAUUCUUUGAAAGGCGAAAAUUCUUAAGCAAAAUGCAUCGCCAUCAGAGACAACUUACUUCUUCACCUGAAGGCAAAUGUAAAGGCGUGAGUCAGGAUUUACUGGCACUGCAGUUGGUGAAUAAGUCCAGUGACAAGAUAGUAAUGGAAAAUGAUAAUCUUGCUCCAAGAAAGGUGAAGAAAGUUGACCUUGGUCAGAGGCCAGAUCCAUUCAGAAGAGAAGACAGAGACCUAGAACUCCCAAUGUCUCCAGAUUUAUCAGAGACACCAUCUGUAAUACAGUUGAAUGAUCUGAGCAGCAGCUUUCAUUCGGUAGAUCAAAAACCUGAUAAAUGGCAUCAUUGGAGAGAUGGCCAUACAACUUUUAAACCAGCAGGUCAAGUCUUUCAGCAGAAGCCAUACUCUAUAGAAAGUACCAGCUCACUAGCAGACAGGGUUACUCAUGUUGAGCAUAACAAACCAUUUAUCAGAUAUCUUGACAAAGGGUCACAUUUUGAGCUCACAUCUGGGCCUGAAGAAGAUGAUUCAAUUUACAAAUACCACAAGGGGAACCGUGAAGAGUUCAAUUCCACGCCUGCCAAAUACAACUUUGCAGAAUUUGAACCUGAGACUCCAUACUUGUCAAUGCUCAUGACCCCAUCAAGUCAACAAACAGCACCCAAGGCUUACACCUCGGAUACCAAUCAAAUACACAGAUCUUCUUCAACUAGUAAGAACCUCAAGUAUCCCUAUGACUCCUCAAAACCUAGAGCAAAUAACUCUCUGUCUCGACCAGGUAUUAGUGCAGAAGAAUUGUUCAUAACACCAGUGCAGAAGCAUCACAAAGUGGAUAGGUUCCAUCCAGCUGAACUGCAAAGUUUAACAUCAAAAAAUCAUCAUGUUGACUUCCAUAAUCUUUACUCAUCUCAGAGUAUUACACAAAAUGAUGCCACCAAUAGACAUCAUACAAAACAGCCUGAAAGGGGGAUGGAAGCCAGGCCAAGGGAUGGGAGGUUGUCAGGCUACACACAUUACAGCCCAAGGAAGGAAAAACCUCAUGAAGUGCUUGUGGCUGAUGGAAAUGCUUAUGGUACAAAAGACAGACAAGAUAUCAGACUAAAACAUGAUAGAAAAAUUUACAAUUUAGAACAAUAUUCAAGUGAUACAGCACACAACCGAACAAAUUGGUCCAAAUAUAAACCAGCUGGGUUAUGUGACAGAAAUUUGAGGGAUUUUCCUUCAGGUUAUCCCCUGGAUACAGCAGAUGACCACAUCACAGCUGUAUCAAAUACCACACCCAGGAAUAGAUACCACAGACCUUCUUCAAUACUGGAGCAUGGUUUAAAAGCUACUACUGAUGUGGCCACCAGUGCCUCUAACAAUAAGAAAAAAGACACCCUGCUCUGGGAGUAUGAGGAGAGUCAUCACAAACAGGAAGUGCCUAAAAGUGAUGGUAACAUCCUUAACUGCUUGCUAGAUGACGCUGCCUUCAAUAAGCUCAAUCCUCGUCCACUGAAUAAAUCCCAAGAUAAGACCCCUACUUCAGGACAUUCAUCUGAGGGUUUUAGUCCACAGGUGCAUGCCCAUAGCAUCACUGGACAAGAGAUGGGUACACCUAAACAGCGCCAUGGUACAAGUUUUGUUAUACCCAGGCAUAACCAGGACACCUGUACACCAAGCCAUUCAAGAGGAUUGCAGAGUAGUGAAUCAAGUGAGAAACGUGAAAUGCAGAAACCCUCAUGCAAAAACGCUGUGGCUUGUGAAGAGAUGAAUAAUAAAGUUAAUUCAUCCAAAAAUCCUUCUAUUUGGAAAACUCCAUGUCAGUUCGCUGAAAGUCCAUCUUCCAGUGGAACAAACCUUAAAAUGCAAUCGUCUUUACCAACAGUGUCCAGUGAUACUUGCAAAGCAAACAUGCUUCAGAUGCAGGGUUUUAUUCCUCAUGGUCUGGGGACCAAACCAUCUCAAUCUGAUAAAAUAGCAUCAGCCUGUGACACAACAGAGAGGAAGCAAAUGACAGAUAGUCCAGUAAGGGCAGUUUCAGAGAAAACCAAUAGUUUAAUGAGCCAGGAAAUUGUUCAGAGAGCCGUGACCUGUAGUCUUAUUUCAGGAACAGAGCUUGGAAUCUUUGAUGUUAACACCAGUGCUGUCAUUCCUUCAAACAAGGAAAUGGUUCCAGAAGAAAAAAUAAAAGAAUGCAACCCACAAUAUAACAAAAAUGCAGUACCAAAGAAGGAAGACCUAACUGAUAUUGCAAACAACAAAAAACAAGUAAAUAUGCAGAAAAAACAUGAAGAUGAUUCUCUGAAGAAUACUGUUGCACAACCUCCCGAGUCAAGGGAACCUCGAGAUAAAAAGAUGGAUUUGAUAGAAACCUCUCUAGACAGCCAACAAAAUUGUGCAAUCUUCACAGAAGAACAUGAAGAAAAUAAAUCAGGGGGAAAUAUGUCUUUGAGGAAUAGCACUGUUAAAGAGAAUGUCAACAGCCUGACCAGUGACUCUUCUGACAUUACAAGUAAGUGCACCUCAGGCAUUGCCAAAAAAGGAGGAGAGUCUGACCCAUGCAGGGGUGAUACUGUAACAGCUGGAAUCCCUUGUGUAAUGUCAGUCCUUGGCAAUGCAAGUAAAUUUGAAACUCUGAGUUUAGUUGACACCCAUGAAAAUGAAAUCAUGUGUGACAAUGCUGUUUCUGACAAAGAUUGCCUUGCAGGAAAUCAUGGCAAAAUCAAUAAAACUGUAUCCUGGGAUGUUCUGAAUGACAUUUUAAAGAUAAUUGAAAGAGAUGCUUUUCUUGGUGCUUUUGGAUCUUCAGAGGAUAAGCCGAAAAAUGUAAGCACUGAGAAUACCAUAAAACCCAGCAACACAAACAAAACAUACAAUGUAGUAGAAAACACAGAUGCCAUUGCUCACUCAACUAUGAAUGAAUUGUUAGACCUUGUAUGUUAUGAGCAGAGGAAGGAAGCUCAGCAUCAGAAGCCAGAAGGAAAAGAAUGCAACAACUACAAGAAACCACCAUUAACAUCUUUUCAGCCUGUUCCAAACCACACGUCUGAUGUGGUCUCACUAUGUUCCCUAAGACACUCAACACUCCCCAUACCUACAUUAUCAGAGAUGUGUACUAAAGCCAUGACCAAAUUUUCACCAGUACCUACUUCCACUGAUAGAGAAGUAACUCCAACUGGAAAGAUGGCAUCAAAAAAUUUACCAUUGCCACAAGAACUGACUUCUACCAGACAGCAUAUGAUACCGCAUAAACAAAAAGGAUGCAUCCACCAGCAGGUCCAAGUGGACCCAUAUAAAUUGGGUGUACUGUGUCAAACUGCUACACAGUGUGAUAUUCCCUCUCCUUCAAGUGCACUACUGAAUGGGAAACCCAUGGGACCAGUGCAUGCUGUGGUGUCCAAGAGUGUACAAACAGAAAUCCAUGCGGUGGACAUAAAUGGUUUUGAAAGUAGGAAUAAGGUGUCAUCCUCUUCUUCACAAAGAGAAGGUGGUUGCAGAUAUUGUGGAUGCACCUGCAGUGUAAACAGUCCUGGAAAUGUCAAUGGGCAGGCUACAGUGUCUCCUACAGCAGUGGAAAAUAUUGGUCCUCUCAGUGGAGGUGAUGAUUCUCUGUCAAACACCCAGGAGAGUUGUCAUUUUCCCCCAGAGAAGGCUUGUCAAGAACAUGAGGAAUCUACUUCGUCAUCACAAGAAUCUGAGCAUGGGUUCAUAUCACAAGAUAACAAAAAUACUUUUCCAGUUUGUACGAACAAGACUCAGGAACCUAGGAAGGCUGUACUGGAAAAACAAAAUGACACUCCAGUAAACCUGCCUACUGAAACACCAUCAGCUGACUCUGGUGAGCUACAGGUUUCAUUAUCCAAAGAUUCUAGUAAGAUUAUCCCACAAGAACAAAGCAAAUAUACAACACAAGUACCUACAAUUGAAACUGUAGCAAAGAAAUCUGUCCAGGAAUCAUCACCUGACAAAGUUUCAUCACAAGAAUUCAAGGGUGAAUCUACAAAUAAUCAAGAUUCUUUUCCAGUGCCUGAUAAAAUGUCCUCACAGAGCUCUUCAAAAGACCGUAAUGAGGUAUCGUCACAUACUAAUAAUUUUAUUGUAUCAUUCUCACAAGAGACUGGUUUGCCUUUCUCACAGGACCAAAGUGGUGAUUUGUCACAGGUGUCUACUGCCUGCACAGAUACUGGCAGCAUGAUUAAGAUAGCUGCAGAGGCUCCACAAGUCUCUGCCAACACUGGCCAGAAUAUGGAAGCCCAAAUGACCAGAGGUGCAAAGAAAAGAAAAACAUGUAUUAAAAUGGAAUCUUCUUCUUUGAAAAGAAAAAGUAAUGGAGAACAUGCCAUGCCAGAGCAAAAACAGUACCACCUUCGUGCAGCCAAAAUUAGGAGAGUUGUGAUGAAGAAUUCAAAGUAA